AAACUAAUUCAAACAUAAAUGAACAAACAAAAUAGAGAAUAGUCUAUAACACUCUACCAAACUUGUAGAUCUACCAACCAUAGUUUUUGCUUCCUCAGAAAACAUUUUAGAAGCUAUCUAGUCUUCAUCAAGUACCCAAUGUUUCUUCCCUUCAUGUCUAAGCAUCAACAAUAUCCAAUCACCACUACCUUCAAUUCUUUACAUCUCAACUCACUUCAACUCCUUCUUCUUCUUCUUCUUCUCUUCUUCUUCCAACUCAAAAGACCACCAAAUAAUAUAACCUUAAAUUCACCUUUCAUGAACCCAAAACUCCAGUCUCCAUCAUUUCCUCUUUUUUAGUCCCAAGAAGAGCAGCAUAUACAUCUUCUUGAGGCCAUAUCUCUUACAUUAGCAAUCAAGAUAAACAUGAGGCCUAAAACCCAACAAAUCCCCAACCUUAAGCUGCUCCUCUUUGGUGUCUUCUUUGCUUUCUUUAUACUCUUUUUGUUAAGAUCAAACAUAUCAUCUUCAUCCAAAGAAAACUCGUCUCCCAUUUUCAGCACUUCUCAAGCAAAAUCUUCAAAUCUUGAUGACUCAAGUGCCAGAAACUGCUCUUCCACUUGCAGUAAGAUCCCACGUUCACUAGCUCAAGCACUCAUUCAUUACACAACCUCAACUAUCACACCACAGCAAACACUCAAAGAAAUAUCAGUAACAGCAAGAAUUUUGGAGAAGAAAUCUCCCUGCAACUUUUUGGUUUUUGGUCUUGGUCAUGACAGUCUUAUGUGGAAUACACUCAACUAUGGUGGAAGAACAAUUUUCCUUGAAGAAGAUGAAUCUUGGAUUUCACAAAUUAGAAGAAGAUUUCCCAUGUUGGAAUCAUAUCAUGUCACUUAUGAUAGUAAGGUGAAUCAAGCAGACAAUUUAAUGGACGUAGGCAAAGGACCUGAAUGCACUGCACUAAGUGAUCCAAAAGUUUCAAUGUGUCAACUUGCAUUGAAAGGGUUGCCUAAUGAAGUUUAUGAAAUAAAAUGGGACUUGAUCAUGGUUGAUGCACCAACAGGAUACUAUGAAGAAGCACCAGGAAGAAUGACUGCUAUAUAUACUGCUGGAAUGAUGGCUAGGAAUAGGCCAGAAGGAAAAACUGAAGUGUUUGUGCAUGAUGUGAAUAGAGAAGUGGAAGAUAGAUUUUCCAAGGCAUUUUUAUGUGAAGGGUAUAUGAAAAAACAAGAAGGGAGAUUAAGGCAUUUCACUAUUCCUAGCCAUAUGGAUGCAUUGGACAGGCCAUUUUGCCCUGAGUAGAUUCAAUUGAACUCUUUCUUGUUUUUUCUCUUUUCAUUUUCUUUCUUGCUGUUGCAUUCUCUCUGCUACUUUUGUUCAUUUUUGAAGCAUUUUGGCACAAGACUGUGGCUUGUGGGUGGUUGUUGGGUCCUAUGGUUCAUGGGGUUGAGCUGCUAUACAAAGAUUUGGAGUUUCUCGAGAUAAAAAAAUUUAUCAACCCAAACAAAAUGGAAAAAAGGAAAAUCAAAAAGCUUUCACCAUGUCAUGAUUUUGUUAAGCUUUUUAUUAGUUAUAUAAUAGAAUUUUUAAUUUUUGUUCAA